AUGGCGCCUCCUCGGUCUCGUGCGGAGGUUCUGGCACAUCUGCGCGACCAAGUCAAGAAUGGCAAGCCCAUCGUGGGGGCUGGAGCUGGGAUCGGGCUGUCGGCCAAGUUCAUUGAAGCAGGCGGAGGCGAUCUGAUCAUCAUAUACAAUUCCGGCCGCUACCGCAUGGCUGGGAGGGGUUCCCUUGCCGGUCUCAUGCCGUACGGCGAUGCCAACGCCGUCGUGGUCGACAUGGCCAAAGAAGUCCUCCCCAUAGUCAGCCACACGGGUGUACUGGCCGGUGUUUGUGCUUCGGAUCCUUUCCGCAUCAUCCCGGACUUUCUGCAGCAGUUGAAGAGUAUGGGCUUCUGCGGCGUUCAGAACUUCCCCACCGUCGGCCUCAUUGAUGGAACUUUUCGAGCAAACCUCGAGGAAACGGGCAUGGGGUACGAUAAGGAAGUAGCCAUGAUUGCAGAAGCCCGAAAGCUGGAUCUUCUGACCACGCCUUAUGCCUUCAACGUGGACGAAGCUGAACAGAUGACCAAAGCCGGGGCAGACGUACUCGUAUGCCACAUGGGAUUGACCACCUCGGGCAGUAUUGGUGCAAAGACGGGGAAAUCACUGGAUGACUGCGUCCAGCUGAUCCAGGAGAUGAGAGACGCCGCGAACAAGAUCAACCCUGAAAUCAUCAUUCUGUGUCACGGCGGUCCGAUCGCCGAGCCCAAGGAUGCCGACUAUGUCCUGAGCCGCGUGAAAGGGAUCCACGGGUUCUACGGCGCCAGCAGCAUGGAGCGGUUACCAGUCGAAGUGGCCAUCACGAAUACCACCAAGGAGUUCAAGAAUCUGAAGAUGGGGUAG